UGUACGUGUUCAGUUCCCAUGCUCGCUCUAUAACCUUUACCAAAAUGCUAAACGGUGUCUGCCACGCAGGCUACUAGAGAAAGGUUUAAGAAUGAUAUCAUUUUAGAUUUUGACAAUAUUAUAGAUGGUAGAUUGGAUUGGUUAUGAAGCCCGUCAGACUCCUUUGUUAUUUGUUUUUAUGGACCUGACGGUGCACAACGCUCAGUAACGUUCGUAUCAUUUUGAUCUUAAGAGGGAGCUUAAGCAACGACGACGGCGACGUCAACGAGAACGGGCAAAAUUGCAAUAGGUUAGAUUAGCAAAACAACAACUUUGCGCGUGCAUCACGCUUUUUGGUACAUUUCUUUGCCGUCACUGCACGACUACGAUGUGAAAAUGCCUUUAUUUCACGUUUUGUAGAGGAAGUGAACACAAGACAACGACUUUCUUUUUCUUUUCCUGAACUUUGAUACAGUCUUUUAGAACUCAACUCCAGAAAAAAUGCCAACAUUUGACGAAUUGAACGAGAUGGAAUAAGCGCGAUAAGGUUUGAAGCAGUGCGACGUCACUUUUUCAGUGGCGUUUUCGUGGCCGUCGCGGUCGUUGCUGCUUAAGCUCCCACUUAUUGGCCAAGUAAAACGUCGUAAUAAUUUAUUCAGCAACCACAAAGGAUGGUGCAAUAUCAGGGAGCUUUCAGCAUAAACUGCAGCACGUUUGAUGUUGGUCGCCUUCAGUGAUCUAAAUCUCCUCUACCUACUAAGGUUUUGAAUGGAGGUACAAUAAUAGACCUUUUUCAGGUGACUACCACUUUACAUAAAACUUGAGAACAAUUUUAGAUGUGUAGAAACAAAGGGCCAGUUAUUUAAACGGAGUCAUGCCCGUGUUCAAGAAAACUGCGUUCUAAACGCUAAAACCCGGCAUUUUCAGCUUGCCCAACGCUUUUAUCUAAAACCAUUUAUCGUGAACAAUUUCAAUAAAGCAUAUAGCGUAGACUGAAAAAGCACUAUUUUUCUUACUUAAAUCAAACCACUAGGAAAGAGAUCUGGAUGUCCAAUGACUUCUUAAAACGCAGCUUAAGUUAGGCCCCGUCCACACGUAUCCGGAUAUUUUUGAAUCCGCCAAUUUUUUUCUUCUGGAUACGGCUACCGUCCAUACCGAUCCAGUGAAUCCGGCAUACGAAUCCUCAACUUUUUGAAUCCGCACUCCAGAGUGGAAAUUUUUGAAUCCGCUAUGUACGCGGAAACGUGUGGACGCUAAAUCCGGAUAUUCUUUUAGACGUCACAAGAUCGAGUCCAGUUCUUUACCGUGAGUAUUCAAGACGGUCCGAGUAAAGAAAAAAUUGCGCAUUCAAAAGUAUCAGGAUACGUGUGGACGGGCAUAUUCGAUUUGAAUCCGGCUAUGUGUGGGCGUGGAAAUUUUUGUCUCCAGAAAGAAAAAGUUGCGGAUUCAAAAAUAUCCGUAUACUUGUUUAAAUAACCGACACAAAGAGUUCUUGUCUCCUUGGAUAUAACAUGGCUGCCGCGUGAAAAAUGGGCUAUAUGAAAGUUUCAUCGCAUCAUAGGAUCUUCGCCAUACGAAAUGGCAGCGACUCUGUUGAAGACUAUCUUGAGAACCAUUUAUUGGGCGCAUUUACUCCGAAAAGUAUGGAGAUCGAACCAGUUGUACAAGGAAAAGAGUUCUUCUGUUUUCUUCCUUCUCUUCUUUAUUUAUUUUUAUGUAUAUUCUUCUUUUUUUUGCGUAUUUUGAGUGAAAUGACAACCCCUUUUGUAGCCAGAACACUUGCAAAAUACCCGAAGUACGUUGCGUAUGUGAUGGUUGGCGCUGAUCAAUAAUUUUAAUUAAAAUAUGAUGUUUUGUUUUUUUUCUGUACUUUAAUAAUCAUUAUUUUUCUAUUUUAACUUGUGAUAGGGAAUGACGGAACUACCAGACUAUAACAAGAUUGUUUUCCCAGAAAUGCCUCCUAUCCCGCUGGAGACUAUAGUACCGGACGCUUCGCCAGAGGUGGGUUGAGGAACAGUUUACUGGGGCGGACCCAGGGGUGGUUCAGGUGGUUUGUUGGAACCCCCUAAACUGAAAUGAAUACGUUUAAGAACAAGCGGUUUCUGACGAAAAACAUACUAAUACAUCGCUAACAAACACUAAAAUUGUAUCUUUUGAAAAAAGACUGUGAUGAAAAGGAAAAAAAUAACGUUGAUGGAGGAGAGUCUUUUCUUGCAUUUAGAUGUUUCAGAUUUAUUUUCGAUAUCGCUCUCGAUUUUUGUAAAUUUUUAAGAGUAAUCCAUGUUUAAAAUAGCGGAAAACAGAGGUUGUUUCAAAGGCGUGGAAAAACCUACAAUUAUAUCCUUUAAAACGCUGGAAAUCAGCUUUCCGAAGACCUAAAUUUCAAAAUUUUCCGGGGGAGCAUGUCCCCGGACCCCCCUAAGAUGUUAGAGGGGUCAUGCACCAGUGUCAGGCACAGUGGAUCCGCCACGGUGUUUACCCUUCGAUAGGUACGAUAGGUAGACAGUGUUCCACAAAUCAC